CGCGCGCGCGCUGUUGUUAUUGGUGCCGCUGGCGGCGGCUGUUGGAGGGGGAGGGCGGCUCAGGCAGUGAGUUCUUUAAAGAUGGCCGGAGCGGCGGCGGCGACCGCGACCCCUGUGUACUGUGUGUGCCGGGAGCCCUACGACGUGAGCCGCUUCAUGAUCGAGUGCGACAUCUGCAAGGACUGGUUCCACGGCAGCUGUGUCAAAGUAGAGGAGCACCAUGCUGUUGACAUUGAUCUGUACCACUGUCCCAACUGUGCAGUUCUGCAUGGACUAUCCUUAAUGAAGAAGAGGAGGAACUGGCACAGACAUGACUACACAGAGUUUGAUGAUGGUUCCAAACCAGUCCAAGCUGGAACACGGACUUUUGUUAAACAACUGCGAGCUCGCUCAUUCCCAAGUGCUGAUGAAAUCAUUUUGAAAAUGCAUGGCAGCCAGCUGACACAAAGAUACCUGGAGAAACAUGGGUUUGAUGUCCCUAUUAUGGUUCCUAAAUUAGAUGGUCUUGGGCUCAGACUCCCUCCCCCUACUUUCUCCGUUUUGGAUGUGGAACGCUAUGUAGAUGGCGACAAAGUGAUAGAUGUAAUUGAUGUGGCAAGGCAGGCAGACAGUAAAAUGAAGCUUCAUAAUUAUAUUAAGUAUUUCAUGAAUCCUGAUCGACCAAAAGUAUUAAAUGUGAUCAGUCUGGAAUUUUCAGACACAAAGAUGUCUGAAUUGGUGGAAGUCCCUGACAUUGCCACAAAGCUUUCCUGGGUGGAAAACUACUGGCCAGAUGACUCCGUCUUCCCCAAGCCUUUUGUUCAGAAAUAUUGCUUGAUGGGAGUUCAGGACAGCUACACUGAUUUUCAUAUUGAUUUUGGGGGCACAUCAGUCUGGUACCAUGUUCUGUGGGGUGAGAAGAUUUUCUACUUGAUCAAACCUACUGAUGAAAAUCUGGCUCUCUAUGAAUCUUGGAGUUCCUCUGUCACCCAGAGUGAAGUGUAUUUUGGGGAUAAGGUAGACAAAUGUUAUAAAUGUGUGGUGAAACAAGGACAUACCUUAUUUGUUCCUACAGGCUGGAUUCAUGCUGUGCUCACAUCUCAGGACUGUAUGGCUUUUGGAGGAAACUUUUUGCACAACCUCAAUAUUGGCAUGCAGCUCAGGUGUUAUGAAAUGGAGAAAAGGCUAAAAACCCCAGAUCUUUUCAAAUUCCCUUUCUUUGAAGCCAUCUGUUGGUUUGUGGCCAAAAACUUACUGGAAACUUUGAAAGAACUGAGGGAAGAUGGUUUCCAGCCCCAGAACUUCUUAGUCAAAGGAGUGAAGGCUUUACUUAGUGCUUUAAAGUUAUGGAUGAAAAAAGAACUUGUAACAGAACAUGCCUUUGAAAUUCCCGACAAUGUUAGGCCUGGGCAUCUCAUUAAAGAACUCUCUAAAGUGAUUCGCUCUGUAGAGGAGGAGAACAGCAAACCAGUUAAAACUCAGGGAAUUCUUGGUAUGUGCCCAGUUUCACGAUCCUCACAUGAAGCAACCUCUUCUCACCAUUCCAGAAGAAAAGUGAGGAAACUGCGAGAUCAUACUACCAAAGUUCCUUCUAAUCUGGAUAUCCUGGAGCUCCACACAAGGGAGGUACUCAAAAGGCUGGAGAUGUCCCCAUGGGAGGAGGACAUAGCAAACUCUAAACUGAAUGGAAGAUUUAACAAGCCUUUUCAGCCAUCUUCUACAGUACCUGAAUGGAGAACAAAGGACAAUGAUCUACGCCUUCUGCUUUCAAAUGGAAGAAUUAUUAGAGAUGAGCGACGACCAUUUACAGAUCGAAGUCUUUACACGGCAGAUAGUGAGGAUGAGGAUGACAGGACGAGGUCAAAAAAGACAAAGACUAUUAAGAUGGAAGACCAGAACUCAGGGUUGGAAGGACAAGGGACUGCUGAUGCCCAGAAACCACUAAACAUGUUCUUUGAAAGUGUGAAAUCAGAACUCAGGAAUGGAUCCUCAGAGUACUCUGAUAUUUCCGAUUCAGAAGAAUCUGAGCCUGAUUGCACUACCCAGCUAAAUAAUUCCUCUCCAGAGGAGUCGGAAAGCUCAGGUGAUGAAGAGAAACAGGAGGUAACAUCAAAUUUCAAGAAGGAAUCUAAGAUAAGGGACCUCUGUCAAAUUACCCAGAAGCCAUCUAAAAAUGAAACUCCAAGUAAAAGGGAAUGUCCUACCUCGACAAGUACAGAAGAAGAAGCUAUUCAGGGCAUGCUUUCUAUGGCAGGAUUGCACUAUACCACAUGUUUACCAGGUCAUAUACAAAGCACAGACUGCACAGAUAAAAGAACCUCUCAUCAGGAACACAGAAGUUACUCCAGAAGUAAGCAUAAGGACAGGCAGCCACCCCAGAGUCAUAAAACAGAAUGUGAUAAGCACACAAGGGAAGAGGAAAGAGGCGUGGGGACUUCAAUAUGGGCAAGACAGCUAAAUGGAGCUUCUAGGGUUACCCCUCAGGAUACAAGUAAAGCUCAGAAAUAUAUUAAGAAGGAGGGUGCAUCAGAAGCUAGUCAUAAGGUUCAGGAGAAUAGUAAUUUUACACACAGCAAUGGCUUGAGCUUCCAACAUGGCAAGUGCACGCGGGACUCGACCCUGAUCCAAGGGGAGUGUCGGUUGAGUGAUGGCAGCCUCAGCCCUGAUAGGCCAUAUGGUGAGACGUCCUUCUCUAUACCCCUUCACCCAACCAAAAGGCCAGCAUCAAAUCCACCUCCUAUCAGCAACCAGGCCACAAAAGGCAAGCGUCCAAAGAAAGGAAUGGCAACUGCCAAACAGCGCCUUGGGAAGAUCCUUAAGCUGAACCGAAAUGGCCAUGCACGCUUCUUUGUUUGAUGUAGCUGCUGUUGCUACUCCUACUACUGCUGCUGCUGCUGUCUUUCCUUCACAGCCAGUAUUGAGGGCAACAGAGCCUGGAGCUUCUGCUGUUCCUCUACCCGAAGCAGACUUGCAUGUACCAUGUAGAACACUGCCUAAUGAACAAAAAAACAAUGCUGCAUUUUCACUGUGCCACACCCGCUCAGCAAUAACCAUUUGGGAAUGGGGAUAUCUUCAGAGAGACAAUGGACUGGGAAACAGUCUCUCAUCAGGGCUUGAAUAUCACUUUGUUGCUGGUAGUGUCUGAGCUAAUUCAUGAGGGGAAGAUGAUAAAGGUGGUUAUCCAUAAUUUAUUUCUGACAGAUUUUUACAACUUUUAAAUUCAUUUUUAACUAUUUAUUUGGAAGAUUUUUUUUGUGGGGGUUAUUAAUUUAGAUUUAAGAAUGUGAAGGUUUUUAAUUGUUCUUGAUAAUGUAUGUUUGGUGCAGUGGAGAGCCACAUUAAUGGUGAUUAGUCUGGACUCCUAAAUUUGAUAUUCAGGUUAUAGUCUUAAACAGGGAUGUGAUGCAUUAUUAAUUAUUUUUAAAUUAAGUCAUAUGGAAUCAUAUUUUAUAUUUUUUUUUUGCUCUUUCUAAGCUAUUGGUUGGGCUUUUGUUGCCCUGUAAGGUGCAUGUGCUCUGCCAGUUUAGUAUCCCUUAGCCUCUCCCCAUUCUGUACACAUUGCUGACUCACCAAAGUGGAGAAGCAAAGACUCUUCUGUAUACAAGGAGAGUAUGAUUAUUCAAGUUCAGUAGUUAACAUGUGUUAGACACCUCUCCCUCAAAUUGGGGUUUAUGCUCUUCCUCCUGACAUGACUGGUGUUCGGUCCAGGCCAUGUGAUUUUCUCUCUUAAGGAGCAAAUAAAAUCGCUUUGAGAAGUUUUAUUUAUACAACUUGUUAGCACAGAGGAGAGCAGCUUUUAUCUUUUCCUGGGGGAUGAGAGAGAGUGCAAUAUGAUGGAUUAAGUUUCAUAUUUCAGAAUAAUUGUGUUGGUGGAAGAAACAAUUCUUAAAAUUAUAAAUAGCAGAAUUAAGAUUUGGCAGAUUACUUCCUGUGGAGGGAACACUAAAACCAAUGAUAAUCAUUAGUAUACUUCAAAAAUGUAUUUUACCGAGGAACUAAGGAGGCAGUUGAACAUGUGCUGCUUGCAAGGCUGCAUGAGAGCCAAUUUCAGUCUUAACAGGUGCAUAUGUAAGUGUUGAGUUUAGUAGCUAGCUGAUCUCAGAACGAUCAUUUGUGCCAUGCUUUACAUAGAGCUGAUAGUAAAUGCCAAUUCUGAAUUACCUGUAAAUAAUGUUGAUUUUAAAUUUGUAUUUUUCUGUAAUAUAAAAUUAAAUAUUUAACUUUUCAGGAUGGGUGGAGAGGGGAACAACUUUACUUGAUUCUGUAAAAAGGGCAUUUUUCAGGGUCCAGCCAAAAGUAAACAUUGAUGUGCUAGGAAUACCAUCUUGAAUUUUUCUUGUAUAGUGAGAGUGAAAAGGCUUGGCUUAGCUAUCCAAUUUAUUGAUUUGUCUUAACUCUACUCAGUUUGCCUGUCCUCCAUAUUCUGUCCUGGAUAGCUGCUUCCUGCUGUGCUUAAAAACAAAUUCACUUUUACCUUCCUGAUUUACACGUAGCUAUAUCCACGUAUACAGUUAGAUUAGAUCAGAACUAGCUAGGUGAGGGCCAGCCCAUUUCUGGAUGAGAAAAUAUCAAAAUAUAACAUGGGUAUGCAUAGUGCAAAUAGCAUUCAUGAUUUUUCUUUUUCCAGAACUUGCAAAUUAUUGCUUGUUUCUCUUCAUCCCAGCCCAUCUUUUGAUUUGAAAGUAGCGUAGACAUCAAAGUUAAUGGAUUUUACUAACCCAUAGCCAAAAACACGGUGGAUGAGUUCAAGCUCUGUUGGCAGACCAUUUUUAUUUAAUGCAUGCUGUCAGCCUUGUUUCGGGUGCUGGGGAAAGGAGACAAUAAAAGUGAUAGUCACAAAUUACCAACUAACAAAAGAUGGGGAGCAGUUACUCCACAGGUUUUAAAAGUGACCAGAAAUAAUAAUGUUCUCAGGCAAGAAAUUUUCCUGUCAGUAAUGAUGAGAGGAAAAAAUAGUUUCAACGUUCAGUAUGAAAUUUUAAUUCUAUCUUUUGAUGUAUUCUCAUGGAAAUAUUUGAUAAAUGUGUAUCAUGUUAUCAGUACUGGUUUAAAUGAUAAGAAAAAAAAGCUUACCUCUGAUCUGUUUGUGUCAGCUCAAGGAAAACCAGGUCAGACCUGCCAGGCUUUGAGUAACUAGUUCAGUUCUGGCAAACCAAACCAAACUGCUUUUCUCUUACUGGCUAUCUUUUUAUUAUUAUUAUUAUUAUUUAUUAUUUAUUAAUUAAGACAACCGAAGUAUUUUGCAAGGGACAUUAAGCAGAAUUGGAGAGGAGUAAAGACUGAUUUUUUUUUAAUGUAGAUUCUGAGAACACUACUUACUGAAACAGAACUAUGCCAUAAUGGAAUCUGGAAUAAGGAGGUUUGGAAUAUGGAACACACACAAUACUGCUUUCCCUGUGACUUGUCCGCAGCAGGUCUCUCCUCUAAGCCUCUUCAUUAGCAAAGUAUAUAGCUAUCAUCUUACUAUUAGAAAAAGUACUUGGCUGGACCCAUAUAUGUUUAAUGGUUAUUUCUAGUUUUCUUUCUUUUUUUCCCUUCUCUCCCACUUUUUCAAGGUGGCUCUCCAUUGUAGUGAGUGUACUAAUGUCUGUUCAUAGGCUGUCAACAGGCAGAGGUUCAUUUCCAUUUUCUCCCGAUUUCCAUGCUUCCAGCAGAAGUCUUUAAGAGACUAAAACUUUAUUUGGGGUGAGAGGGAACCUCAGUCAAUCAGUUUAAAAGAAAUUGUCUUGAUAAUUGAUAACAAAUGAGUCUCCUUUUGGUAGCUUGAUGAAGAGGAUGUGUUGACCUCACUUAUUCAUGUAUUUGUAUGUUAAGAUGUUUUUAUUAUAUUCUUGGGAAAAAAACACUGUUGCACCAAGCUUUUUGUAGGUGGACUGAACCUGGUGCUAUAGAGGUGGAGAGAAAAUAACCUGUCUUUUCUCACAUUUCACUAUGGGGGUGGGGGUAGAUGGAUAGGAGCACUGAUAUGGGGCUGCCGGGGGACUGAGUCCUCUAUGGAAACUUAUUUUCAAGGAGGAUAUUUAAAGAAAAAAAGACAUGAGGAAUUUGGACUUUAAGAUAAAAUUACUGUACUUAUUUUUUAAACUUUCUGUUCUAGAAGGAAAAAUGCUAUGAAAUGAAACACUUGGGUUUGCUCUUCUCCAAGUACUCAAGUUCUUACAAUUUUUAAAAAGAAAAAUGUGAAAAUGGAAAGACCACCUAGAAAUUAUAUCAAGGACUCUUCCAGCAACUUUCCCCUUUCUUCCUGUACUACACUUGCUAAUAAAGCCUGGCUACAAGGUAGCCCUUAAUGACCUCCGAGGUAGAUUACCUAUGCAACCUAUAAUAUUCUACGUGAAAUAAUUCUUGAAGAAAUCAUUUCAAAAGGGUUUUAUGUUAAAAAUGAACAAUUGUUACUUUCUGACCACGUUUUUAAGCUGAAAUACAUGUAUUAAUUUGAAUAGAGAGAAGAGAGCAUGGGGUCAUGGCCAUCCUUUAAAAGCUUCAGCUUUCCCAAGCCUUGUUAUAUGGCAUAGGCUGCUUUCUUUCACCAGGGCAUGAAGUCCUACAUUUUGAAACCUUUGCAGGAGUUUAACCCAGGGCUGAGUCAUUAUCUGGCUGUCUCUUGGUUGGUAAUUGUGGGGACUGUGCAGGGCUGAGGCUAGAACCAAACCAUACUUAGUGGCCCCCCCCAGCAUCCAUGCCACCCAAAAUCUUAAUGUCUUUUUAAAGCUCUUUUAUAUAGUACUUCCAGACCAUUAAAGGCUGUCCAUGGCCCUGGGACUAAGAAAACCUAGAGCUGCUUUAUUUUGCAGAAGAAAUAUAAAUGAAACCAAGGCCUUACUGUUUGUGGUUAAACUGCAUUAAAAAGCUGCGACAUCCAUUUUUCAAAAAAGCAGGGGGUGAGAAAUAUGAAUAGCACUGAUUAGGACAUUCAUAAGCUGCAUUUCCUUUUGGAAAAGGACUUUUUUCUACUUUUAAUAAAAAUUAAGCCAUAACAGUUUCAUGCUGUGGGACGGGAGUGAAAGGGAUCACUUUAAGAGAUUAUAUUAAUAUGAAUUAUCACUUCUGCUGGGAUAUGUCUAAUUUUGUCAGUGCUUUGGCAGUUUAUUUCUUUUUUUAAAAUCCAUGAAAUUUGAAAAAGGGGAUAGUUCUUGGCUAUAUUUACUAGUUUUGUAGUAGUGUUUUGCUGGCCCAUUUGUCUUUCCCUGUCCCUUUUCUACUCUGUCUAAUUUCUAUCCUUUUUUGAACAUCUGUGGAAAAUACUGGCUUGUCUGCCUGAAUAGGGGUCUCCGUGUGCAUGUGUUUGGGUGUGUGUGGGUGUGUCUUUUUACAGAAACGCACUACAGUGUCGAGUAUUUGGCUGGGAAAGGGAAUGCUGCAGCUUUAAGAGCAUUUUUUCAAUUCAUAACAGUAUUUCCCAUCCUCUUUUGCCUGCAGGCAGGGAAAAUGUAUGUACAGUAUUUAUUUUUGUUUCAAUUUUACUUUAAAUUUGUAAGUUUCUAUAAGUAGCUCACAUUGGUUAUUCUAGGGGAGGACAAGUGGCUUGUUUCAAUUUGUAUUUGAUAUUCAUAGUUUCCAGUUUCUGUACUUCAAAAUAUUGAAAUUAAAAAGUUGUAUUACUUAUGUUUUGAUUUUAACAAUCUAUAGUGUUUAAUUUCUACAGGUUUUUGUUCACUUGCUUUAAAGUGUAAAUACAGAAAGUUGUAAAAAAUGUCUUAUGAGGAAAAAAUGCUUAAUUCUGUUUCUUGGUCUGAUUUUUGUGCCCAUUAUUUGACUCUUGAUUUUAAUGAAGAUGUACUUGAGAGAUGUGGGGAGUGCAGUACAUUUUCUGACUAUUUAAAGUGUAAGUUUGCUUUCUAUCAAAACAUUCUCCGGGAGCUGAAUGCAUUUUGUGAAGACGUAUACAGUCUUUUUUGACACCUAAAUGUAAAAAGAAAUGGUUGAGACUUCCAGCGGUCCAUCACUUAGUAAACGUUAGAAAUUGAUCCAAUUUGGAAAUAUUUUAAUGCUGAAAAUUUUUUUCCUUUUCUUCUUGCCUCUUUUUUUCAUAUUCUUUCUUUUUGAUCAAGUUUGUCUUAUGCUCGUGAUGCCUCUAGCUUUUCUGGGAGCAGCUCUUCCCAUCUGUGACUGACGAGGUACUGUUUCUGGUAGAAUGGGUUUCUCUCACUCACACACACCCUCUUUUUAUUUUUUUCU